UUAAAUCGCGCUUGGUUGGGAGCCCAAAACCCAAAACCCUAAAUCUCUAGCCCCGUCGUUCGCGCUCUCGCCUAAGCCCUCGCUCUUCCCAACACUCUCCUCUUUCGCCGAUCGCCAUGGAGUUUUGGGGUCUGGAAGUUCAACCUGGUAAAACUGUGAAGGUUAAUCCUGGAGAGAAUAAAUAUUUGCAUCUAUCACAGGCAUCACUGGGGGAGAUAAAGGACAAAGGAAAUGACAGGGUACCAAUAUUUGUAAAGUUUGAUAACAGAAAGCUAGUUCUUGGAACUCUCUCGGCUGGGAAUUGUGCUCAAAUUCAGUAUGAUUUGCUGUUUGAAAAAGAAUUUGAACUCUCUCAUGGUUCAAAGAAUACAAGCAUCUAUUUCGUUGGAUAUAAGACCGAAGCUCAGGGUGACUAUGAUUUUAUGUCUGAUGAAGUGGAUAGCCAAUCUGAAUCUGAUGAGGAGGAUAUUCAAGUGGUUCAGAAUGUCAAUGGCAAAUCUGAGGUAAAGGAUGAAAAGCCCAAGCUCUCUGGUGGAAAACCAAAUGCUCAGAAGUCAGAUGCUAUAGUUAAUAAGCCAAAGCCUAAGAUAGAGGAUCCUAAAGAAGAUGAAAAGCAAAAAACCAAUGAAGACACUGAUGAUGAUGAUGAUGAUGAUGAUGAUGAUGAUGAUGAAGAAGAUGAAUCUGGUGACGAUGAGGACAUGCUCGAUGGAGAGGACGAUAGUGACGAAGAAGAUGAGGAUGAUAGUUCAGAUGAUGAAGAAGAAGCUACUCCUAAGCAGGUCGAAACUGGUAAGAAAAGGCCAGCUGGCUCUGCAUUAAAAAAAACCCCUGGCCAAGAAAAAAAGGCAAAGUUGAUUUCCCCUGCUGGAAAUCAGAAAACAGGUGGUGGCGCCAAGAAAACUGGCCAUGUUGCAACCCCCUAUCCUGCUAAACAGGGGAAAUCUCCUGCCAAUACCAACAAUUCCAAGAAGAAAGGCCCUAAAUCUGCCGGCAUAUUCUCAUAACUUUUUACUCUGAAUUAUCUUCAAGCACUUAUCAAAGCGAAGCAUUGCGCCGCUGGGAAUUGAGCUGGCCGAAAUAUGUAGUAGAUUCUGAUGAAGAGUGAGUUGCUUUAGUGGUGUGGCCAUGUCCAGUUUUGUAUCCUGCAAUUUGUGGCCAUGUCCAGUUUUGUAUCCUGCAAUUUCUUGGUUUAGGGAAGAGUCGUAACCCCAUUUUUGUCUUAGUAAUUUCUUGGUUUAAAAUCUGAAGUUUCAGUCAUACAAGUUUUGUUCUUCCUAUUGGUUUUUCAAGUAGCUGAGGGAUUGAUUAUUUGAUUAAAAUAAAUUUGGCAUUGGUAUGAUUAGUAAACAUUCUGGUGAUGCCUA